GGCCUCCCCCUCUACAGAGAGCAUACCUUCUGGAACUUUCUCAAUGAAUUAUUCCUGAAAGCCCACCCAGCUAUAAAAAGACAGGAUCCAGAGUGGGUGCCCUCAUAGAACUAAAGGAACCUUGAACUGCACCAGGAGAAGAAUCAUUGUAGAGCGAGCUACAAAACAGGGGAACCCAUUUCAGCGCUUUCAGCAAGAUGCCAGAGAAAGUUAGCCAGCACAUGGAGGAGGAGGUGGAGACCUUUGCCUUCCAGGCAGAGAUCGCCCAGUUGAUGUCUCUGAUCAUCAACACCUUCUAUUCCAACAAAGAGAUCUUCCUGCGAGAGCUCAUCUCAAAUUCCUCAGAUGCUCUGGACAAGAUAAGAUAUGAGAGCCUGACUGAUCCCAGCAAGCUUGAGUCUUGUAAGCAGCUGAAGAUUGAUGUAAUUCCUGACCUGGUCACUCGCAAAGUGACUAUCAUUGAUACUGGUAUUGGGAUGACUAAGGCUGACCUGAUCAACAACCUGGGCACCAUUGCUAAGUCAGGCACCAAGGCCUUCAUGGAGGCCCUGCAGGCUGGUGCUGACAUCUCCAUGAUCGGUCAGUUUGGUGUGGGCUUCUACUCUGCCUACCUGGUGGCCGAGAAGGUUACCGUCAUCACCAAGCACAAUGACGACGAGCAGUACGUGUGGGAGUCUGCAGCUGGUGGCUCUUUCACUGUUAAAAUUGACACUGGUGAAUCUAUUGGUCGUGGCACAAAAGUCAUCCUGCACCUCAAGGAGGAUCAGUCAGAAUAUGUGGAGGAGAAACGUAUCAAGGAGGUUGUGAAGAAGCACUCGCAGUUCAUUGGCUACCCCAUCACCCUCUUUGUGGAGAAACAGCGGGAGAAGGAGGUUGACCUUGAGGAAGGGGAGAAAGAAGAGGAGGUGGAGAAGGAUGCAGCGGCCGCAGACAAGGACAAGCCCCAGAUUGAGGAUGUGGGAUCUGACGAGGAUGAGGACACAAAAGAGGGAAAGAACAAAAGGAAGAAGAAGAUCAAGGAGAAGUACAUUGACGCCCAGGAGCUGAACAAGACCAAGCCUAUCUGGACUCGCAACCCUGAUGACAUCACCAACGAGGAGUACGGCGAGUUCUACAAGAGUCUCACCAACGACUGGGAGGACCAUCUGGCUGUGAAGCACUUCUCUGUGGAGGGCCAGCUGGAGUUCCGUGCUUUGCUCUUUGUUCCCCGGAGAGCCUCCUUUGACCUGUUUGAGAGCAAGAAAAGAAGGAACAACAUAAAGCUCUAUGUGCGCAGGGUCUUCAUUAUGGACAACUGCGAGGAGCUGAUGCCUGAAUAUUUGAACUUUAUCAAGGGUGUGGUGGACUCUGAGGACCUUCCCCUGAAUAUCUCCCGAGAGAUGCUGCAGCAGAGCAAGAUCCUGAAGGUGAUCCGUAAAAACCUGGUGAAGAAGUGCAUGGAGCUCUUCACUGAGCUGUCUGAGGACAAGGAGAACUACAAGAAGUACUACGAGCAGUUCUCCAAGAACAUCAAGCUGGGCAUUCACGAGGACUCUCAGAACCGUAAAAAGCUAUCAGAACUUCUCCGCUACUACACUUCCACUUCUUCAGAUGAAAUGGUGUCCCUGAAGGACUAUGUUUCUCGCAUGAAGGACAACCAGAAACACAUCUACUACAUAACUGGAGAGACAAAGGAGCAGGUGGCCAACUCAGCCUUUGUGGAGCGUCUGAGGAAGGCAGGCUUGGAGGUGAUAUACAUGAUUGAGCCUAUCGAUGAAUACUGCGUCCAACAACUGAAGGAGUUUGAUGGGAAGAACCUGGUCUCCGUGACUAAGGAAGGCUUAGAACUUCCUGAGGAUGAUGAAGAGAAGAAAAGGCAAGAGGAGCUCAAGACUAAGUUUGAGAACCUCUGCAAGAUCAUGAAGGAUAUUCUGGACAAGAAGAUUGAGAAGGUCACGGUCUCCAACCGCCUGGUGUCCUCCCCCUGCUGUAUUGUGACCAGCACGUAUGGCUGGACUGCCAACAUGGAGAGGAUUAUGAAGUCUCAAGCUCUCAGAGAUAAUUCCACCAUGGGCUAUAUGACUGCCAAGAAGCACUUGGAGAUCAACCCCCAACACCCCAUCGUGGAGACGCUCAGGGUAAAGGCAGAAGCUGACAAGAAUGAUAAAGCAGUUAAGGACCUGGUCAUCCUCCUCUUCGAAACUGCCCUGCUUUCCUCUGGUUUCACGCUGGAAGACCCUCAGACACAUGCUAACCGCAUAUACAGGAUGAUCAAACUUGGCCUGGGAAUUGAUGAUGAUGAAGCAGUUGUGGAAGACAUUAUCCAACCCAGUGAAGAUGAGAUGCCUGUUCUGGAGGGUGAUGAUGACACCUCACGAAUGGAAGAAGUUGAUUGAAAGCACACAUGAAUUAUUUUUAUUUUUUUUUAUUUUUUAGGACAUCUUUUUUUAUUUUAUAUCAAUAAACCCCAAAUGACAAAUACAGGUAAUGUGUAGAUAAUUAAUUGUAUUAUCAUGUUUGUUGCCUUUGCACCUGUGUUAAAAUGUGUUGCUUUGUGUUUUACACCUCCUCAACUUUGCAACAUGUGACUCGACACAAGUCAAAUGCUAGAAGCAAUAAAUUAGAACUUUGACAGGGAACUGACUUGUUUUACAAGCAUUUUAUAAACAUGUUAUACAUAUUUCUAAUAAAAUAGUUUUAAAAUAUU